UGAAGCUGUAUUCACACUCCCUAAUCUGGAUCCAUUGAUUGAUUGAUUGAUUAAAGGCUUCAAUGAGGGGGGAAAGUCACGCGAUCGCCAAUCACAGCCUGAGGUUUGGAACCGAUCUAACCCGAUUGGGGGGAUGAAGUUCGGCCUGAUUGAGGCCUCAUCCUGGUCACAUGUCAUCCUCUCCCUCUCCCUCUUUUCUCCCUCUUUGUGUGUCUUCCUACCACCCCUCUCUCAAUGUAGACGAAGACAUCGGAGAAGAUAUCAGACGAUCCCGGCAACAUGGUUGGCUCCGGCGUGGACAGAUCGUGGCUGUGCUACAGCCUCACAGCAGACACGUAAAAGAACGGCAGACUGGAGGAUACCUACGCUUCGUCAUCCAAUGCGAUGGUUUCACGGCAGCAGAUCACCGACCAGCUUCUCGCCGCAAAGACGCAAGCCGAGAAAGAGGGGCGGCAUGAAUUCGAUGAGAUUGUUGGCACCGUGUUCAACCUCGCUCAGCCCCUCUCCAUCACGGCUUUGUCCCAGCUGAUUGGACAGAGCAACGAUACUAUCAGAAACACCCUGCGUCCCUUGGAGCCCCUCAUCCUGGUCCCGGAUGGCCCUAACAGCUCCCUCCAAAUCGGACAGAACCCGCACUAUUGUCGGGUCUCCGAUGCGGGAGUCGAACCCCCCAUCUAC